UGCUUAGUGAAUAUAAUUAACAAGGUGUCUUCUGAUUCUAGGGUUACUUUUUUAGAGCUGAUAAUGGCAAAAGUGAGUGAGAAGAACUCAGUUACCAGUGAAGAAAUGCAUGUGUUCACGAGACAUGCUGAUUUCCUUGCAGGCUGUUUCCAAGAGAAAUGUAAAGCUGUGCUCAAGCUGACUUCUGCAGCAGAUGCAGAAGAUGAGGAGGCCCUGGUUACAAUUCGGCUUCUUGACAUUCUUUGUGAAAUGACAUCAAACAAUGGACAACUGGAGUAUCUGCAGACCUUGCCUGAUUUGCUUCGAACAGCCAUAGAUACCCUGAGAUUAACUCAUCUUGCUGGAAAACAGACUGUAAAUAUUUUCACCACCACACAUGCUAUGACAUGGCAAGAAGAAAUUUCACAUCCAGCUGUGGGUUUUAAAGCUCAUCUCAUUCGUUUGAUUGGAAACUUGUGUUACAAAAAUAAGGAAAACCAAGACAAGGUUUAUGAGUUGGAUGGCAUCCCACUGAUUCUAGACAACUGCAGCAUUGAUGACAACAAUCCUUUUCUGAACCAGUGGGCAGUAUACGCUAUCCGAAAUCUCACUGAACAAAAUGAGAGAAACCAAGAGCUUAUUGCACAGAUGGAGGAGAAAGGGCUGGCAGAUAAUUCUGCCCUUGAGAGUAUGGGUUUACAGAUAGAGAAACAAGAUGAGAAGUUAAUUCUGAGAUCUGCCAGAAAAAAGCCUUCAUGAACCAAAAAAAAAUUAAGAACAGUUGAUUCAUUAAAAGAGGAUUUCUCUUUUAAAAUGUUUUCCCUGCUGAGACAAUCAAGACUUCUUCAAUUUUAGUUCCAGUUGGCUGGAUGUGUUCUGUUCAUUCUUGAAGAAACUGCCAUACAAUUGUUCUCCCUUCCUGUUGUAAACAAAGAGAUAUGUCUGCUUUUUCUAUAUAUCUAGGUAGAUGAAUUUAUGGAGAAAAAUCCUUCUUUUUCACACGGUUGAAAUGUCAUUACUUUCCUGUUUCAUUAGUUUAAAUAUGACCUAUUGAGUUAGAAUUUUGUUUGCUAAGCCUGAGGGCAACUAUCAUUAAAAACACAACUAAAAUAACUUCUUUGCAAUUUGCCCUCUAUAUUUACAAGAUCUGUGCUGAACCAGGGCAAAACAAUGAAAGUUGUUUGUUUUCUCUCAUUAUGCUUAAAUAACUGUCCUUACAUAAAGAACAGUGGAAUGUUGGAUGUAUGUAAAUAUUUAGUGAAUUAAACAAAACAUGCCUUCAGCAUAUUAAAUUGUUAAUAAAUUGUGUUUUCUGCCUUGA